AUGUCCGCAGCUGACGACCUUCUGCGUGACUUUGAGGAAGAUGAAGAUUUCCAAGAUGAGGACGAGCAGCUCGAGCAGCAAGAAGAAUUCGAGGAAGAGCAAGCCCCCAAAGACGCCAAACAACCUUCCAACGAAUUUGAUCUCUCUAUCGAGACUGCUGAGGAACUGACUCGACUACACAAAGUCCUACGCGACCACUAUUCCGUCCGGUUCCCCGAACUCGAGAUCCUCGUCACGAGUCCGAUCAAGUAUGCCAAAACCGUUGCCAUACUGCAGAAUGGCCCCUUUGACGACAUCAAGGCCCUUUCCUCCUCCGAAGACAACAUGGUGGGAGAAUCGCUCAAGUCUAUUCUGGGCGGACCGUCGCUUAUGACAGUUGCGCUUGAAGGAACAACAACUCGUGGGCGGCAAAUGACCGAUUCCGAACUCAAGUUGAUCUUGGAUACAUGCGAAAGGAUUCUCAAGCUCGACCGUGAGCGCACAGCUCUCACGGAAAGCAUCCGGUCUCGCGUGAAUCAGAUCGCCCCAAAUCUGGCUACGCUUAUUGGUUCUCACACCGCAGCUCAGUUCCUCAACCAGACUGGUGGCCUACUGGAAUUGUCCAAGAUCCCCGCUUGCAAUCUGGGCGCACAGGGAUCAAGGCGGCAAGAAGGGCUGGGGUUUGCUACAAACACUGGAAUCAAGUCACAGGGCUUUUUGUACGACUCCCCGCUGAUCCAAGAGGUGCCAAAUGACCUGAAGAAGCAAGCCAUCCGGAUCGUCUCUGCGAAGAUGGUCCUUGCGGCUCGUGCAGACGUUUCGAAUUACCAGAAAGAUGGUUCGCUGGGAGAGGACCUGAAAGAGCAGUGCUACAAACGGCUGGAAAAAUUAACCGAGCCUGCUCCAAACUCAGGAGUAAAAGCACUUCCUGCCCCCGACGAUAAGCCAUCCAGGAAACGAGGUGGUAGACGGGCACGAAAGGCGAAGGAGGCUGUUGCUAUGACGGAACUGCGAAAGGCGCAGAAUCGAGUUGCAUUCGGCAAGGAGGAAGCAGAAGUUGGCUACGGUACUGGUUCUGGCACUGUUGGGCUGGGUAUGUUGGGUCAGCAGGACGACGGACGCAUUCGAGCCACUCAAAUCGACCAGCGGACUCGCGCGAAGUUGAGCAAAAACAACAAGGGCUGGGGAGCCGCCACUCCUGCCAGUGGUACUGCAUCCUCGUUGCGCGGCUUUGGCCAGGGUGCUGGCGGUACUGCCAGCGUUCUUCAGUCCAAGGGCUUGCGGACGUCGGGUGUUGGGUCGCUAUCGGCGACUGCUGGUACGGCUAGUACUAUCGCCUUUACACCGGUCCAGGGCCUGGAACUGGUUGAUCCUAAGGUGCAAGCCGAACUGAACCGCAAGCGCAAAGCCGAGGAAGAUCGCUGGUUCAAGUCUGGAACAUUCACCAACGUUGGCAGCCAGGCAAGCUCUGGUCCGCCGGCAAAGGAUAGUGAUGGGUUCAAAGUGCCGGCUCUUCCGGCCAAGAAGAAGGUCGAUACUGGGGUCGGCAAGAUGGGCCCACCAUCGAAGCCAUGA